AAACUGAACAGGAUAUGUUUACAGAUAUAAAGAGUACUCCAUCGCUGUCCCUCGCAGAAACUCCGACAAAGGUCAUUCCAACGUUGUCCUACACACAGGUCGGCCCAUCAUGGAUCUGCGCAUCGAAAAAGUUCCGCCGGCAAUGACCGAGCGUCAAUUCCGCAAGUCUAUCAUUGGUGCUCUCGCACAUAUCCGCCCUUUCGAACGCAUUCCCUUCGAGCUAGAAUGGGAGCGUGUUACCGGACGCGGCAAGAGCGGCGACGUGAUCCUCAGCCUUCCCCUGCUCGAUAUCGGCGAAGACUUCCUCCUCGAGUACCGCGCGUACGGUAAACGAGGUGGCUUGAAGAUAUGGAACAAGAAGUUGGUCGUGACGCAUCAUGGCGCAACGCCGCCCGACCUGGAGAGGUCGCUUCUUGCGCAGAUGGAGGAUGCGGCGGAUGAUUCGGGCUCGGAAUACGAGGCGGAGGAUCUUGCCGGAAAGGACUUACCGAUUGAUGGGGUUUCGUGCGGUGCGUGGGAUGCCCAUGGAGCCUUUUCGCCAGAGUGGGCGCCUGCCAUGACGAAGCCGGGUGUCAUGAAGAUCUUGCCUGAUGAUGGAGAUUUGGCGGUUGUGAUGAACGACAAGAUGAUCAAGGUCUCGCUAUACAACGUCCUGAGUGUGGUCGUGGAUCGCGGUGCGGGUCACCAAACUGUUUAUCUUACUUUCGACAUCGUCCCCAAGUUCCUCGAGGUCAAAACGGAAGACAAGAUCAAGCGAGGGAAUGCCGACGACCGAGGUCGUGGACGCGGUCGAGGCCGGCAAACUGGACGUAAAGAUUCGGGGCUCGGCAGAUCAUCGCCGACGAUCGCAGAACAUGUAAAUGAUCGCGAAGCUCGGUUUCGACGCGUACCGGGUUGGACUCCAAUCACCGUCGGAUUGCCCAAUAUUCUCGCGUUUAUUGCAUUGGUUGUACAGACGCGGGUCUCUUGUCUUUCUGGUUGAGGAACGAGC